AUGCGCAUACUCGGCGUAGCGUGCACACCGAUUGGUUGACGGCGCAUUAAACGUUGUGUGGCGGAUAAGCAGCCGUUUUGAAAAGCGCGAUAAUAAAUUGCACGCAGUGUUUGCGAAUUUCAUUAAAUAAACCGUGCACCGCCAGUGAUUUCUUCAUGCUAACGGGCUGCGCGCAUGCCGUGCGAACAAUGUGAUGCAGCGCAACGGUUGCCAUGAACGUGCUGGGCGUGUGAGCAGCGCAUAAGUUGGCGAGACGCGCUCGCGGCCACCGCACACAGAGCGAGGCGCACGGACGGUCACAACACACGGCGGGAGAGAGAGUGUGUGCUCGGAAAGCAAACGAACUGGUCGGCUGCUGCUCGCAAUGGCCGUUUGAGAAAGGCAAACGCUGCCACAGCAACCCACCGUUUGUUUCCAAAUGCGUCGGGCGCGGCGACGCCAUCGCCAGUGAGUGUGCAGUGCGUUCGUGAGUCUUCAGCAACGGUCGGCCAUCGCGACGGCACCGAAUGCAGCUCGAUAACUAAACACGGUGCGGGCCGCGGGUGUUCCCGUUUGUGCGUGAAAAAGGCGAGCCGCUCGGCGAUAUAUUGACGUGUCAGGUUUGCUAGGCGUGCGGUGUUCUACCCGGACGCUGAGGCCGCUCGCCGUCUUCACCUCGUCGGCUUCGGAGUGGAGUUAUGCUAUCGAGUUCAACCGCGCAGCGCCACGACAAGAUUCGAGAUGCUGCAGCCGACGCACCACGCCGCCUGAGAACAAGCGCCGUUUCCCUUGUGCCGGGCCCUAAACCCCUAACAAAAUACCGAUUCUAUUUGGACGUGAAAAAUCACAUCACCUCUGGCAAAUUAGAGACGAAAAUCAAGGACCUGGGAGGGGUUUUGGAAUUAUUUCUGGUGAAAGAAGUCACACACGUGGUCACUGACAGGGAGGAAUGUUUGAGCGGCGCUAGGGGGGUUGGGUCGAACCCAAGGACCCCCCGCACUCCGCAGAAGCCGCAGGAUGCGUCGCUGGGCGACUGCCACCAGCAACAACACGGCAGCAGCAGUAGCAGCACACCGGCGCGAGGGCGCCCGAAGACGCGCGCCGAUGCGAUGCUGGAGCGUGCCCGCAGCAAUACGCCCACGCAGCCAUACGCAGCUCAACUCAGGGACACGUUUAAACAGGCAAAAGCUUGGGGCAUCCCUGUUUGGUCAAUAGAUAGAGCGUUAGUUUGGUUGGAGAAGGUUGCGAGCGGUGUAACUGCUGAAAAGCAAAAGCCGCGUCGCAAGUGUAAGCUUAUUGAGCUGAAAGCGCCGUACGUUAAGUUUGAAGCGUUCGAUCGCCGCCAUCGGCCCGUGUUUAAGGAAAUUCGCAAUUGGCCUAGCUUUGACUUGACGGCAUCGGCUGGCAGCGCCGCCGUUUCGCACAAGCCGGCCGGUGAGCAGCGGAUAAUGACAAAGUCGCGCGCUCCCCCGCAACGUAACAAAGUGAGGAGCGCACCCGUCCAAUCCGGCUAUUGCGAGCUCUGCCGCGAGGAAUAUUCGAAUCUCGUCGAGCAUCUCGAGUCCAAGAAGCACUUGGCGUUCAUCAAGGAUAACGACAAUUUCUUAGAGCUUGAUUCGCUUAUUCAGAAUGGCACUGAUUUGAAUUCAUUCCUUAAGAUUACUGCUGCUACAAAGUGUGAUGGAACCGUAGACAGUCCGAGUAAUUGCAAUCGUUUAUCGCACAAGAUGCCCAGGACAAGAACCUCGUCAAUUACUGAUUGCAUUGUGAAUAAAGUGAAGAACGCACCAGUGUCGCCCACAGGCAGUGAGUCUGGCCAUAGACUACGCACGCGAAAAUCGAACAUGACAUAUAUUGGACUGACCGCUCAGGAACAAGAAGAGCAAGUUAAGCCGGAAGGCGCCCGCGAAGUUCGAGAGACUCGCGAAUUAAGAUCGGCUAAUAAAGUUUCACCAGUGAAAAUUGAAUCUGAUACCUGGGGCUCCGGACGACCUAAACGCAAUUGUCUGCGACAGAAACGUAAUUCGUUUCUGGACGAGACCGGUUUGCAGGUGGAAAAUCGUGGCUACUACAGGGUUGAAAUGACGCCCAAACUUCGAAGCAGCGCAGUGGGCGCAACGUUCAAAGACUACAAGGAGGUCGACAUUAAGGAGUCUCCAAUAACCGAAGAAAUCGAAUCGGAGCAGUUUAUGGACGACAAAUCACUCCUGGUAAAGUUUCGACGGUUGCGGACGUCGGAACUACAACGACUGAACAACGAAGCCGAGAACUUCCUAUUUCCAAGAAAAGAUGAAACUAGCAGCGAGGAGGAUAUUGAUGCCGAUGGUCGUGACACGACUGUCGAAACUGCUCCAGGCGAUAGUAUUGUGAUAUCGAGUGAGACGGACACUGAGGUAAAAAAUGAAGACAGUCUUCACAACGACUCUCACGAUGAGGAAUGUUGUGAUAAAGCUGGAGUUACCGAGUGUCGAAGGAAAAAACGGUCGCAAGCCGAGGCGUUUAUCGAAGACAACAAAAAGUAUUACAAGUUUGAAACCCCAGGUAGUAGGUUACGAUAUCACGGGACGACGUUGACUAGCGGAACAGUGACGUCGCCCAAGAAAAAUCGACUCAAUGGUGAUUUGUGUAACGCAGCCAACAAUGAGAUUGAAUUAACCACUGAUAAACCUGACAAAUUUGAUUGUGAUAAUGAAGUGAGCAAGAAGAACGACUUGAAGUUCACAUUGGAUGAGCUCAAGUUUUCUUUCGAGACGAUACCUAAAAGCGAACCGUGGUACGAGACAUUUUCCCGCCAAGAUCAAGGGGGUGAAUUCUACACGUGUUUUAGCGAUUCGGGCUAUUGGAAACCUUUCUUAUUGCCCUACCAAAUGGAUCGCAUUCAACCUCUGGAUCCAAAAGUGUGUAUCCAGACGUAUUCGCAAAUCAAAAAAUUGCUGCAGACUGAAGGAUCGUCUGGUACCAAUUCCACUCAGUCUUGCACACCUGAUUGUUCAGCGCAGGGAUCACCAGCGCCGGAUAUCGAUGAAAAUUCCAAGGCGAGUGAGGAUUCAGCGCUUAGUCAUAAGUCGGAUCAGCCGAAGCAAUUGUUGCAGGGUCGGCGAAGGCGAAAGAAGGGAAUUUUACUGCCGUCGAAAAAUCCUCGAAAAUCUCCUCGUCAACAUGCGUCUACGCUUGCAAUUCUCAGUAGUUUAAUUCAGCAUCGUAAAAAACGGAAAAGCGAGAGUCCCAAUAACACGCUGGAUUCUAUUCCGGAGGCAUCAGAGUCCCAGGACGAGAGCACAAAAGAAGAAAAACCUGAAGAUGAAAUCAACAAAGUCGUCGAAUCCAUAGAUGAUAUGUUGACGAAUGCAUUCGGAGAGAUGGAACAAGUUGAGAUGUCAUUUCGGGAAGAUAUGGACAUGCUCGACUUCAGUUGUAAAUCGGAUGCCAUCGAAAUCUUGGAAGAUUACGAGAAUUAUAAACAUGUGGAGAGGAAAACGGGGCUUAUUGGACAGGUUCGUCGCAGUUACUCGCCAGGUAAGAAACCGGGGCGAAAAAAGAAAAAGAAUCGCACGGGGUGGCCGAAAAACAACAUCCGCAAAACAAAUUUAAAUACGGUUAUCAAUAAAACAUUAGAUUUGGAGCGGGACGAAGGCUCGGCCGACGUUUCGAGCCAGGAUAAUGACUGUAAUGACUUGACGGUGUGCGUGAAUGUGAGUGUAAAUAGUAAUUCAAUUAGUGAUGGUGCGAAUGACAGGGUUGAUCAGUUGGAGAUGGACAUGAGUGGUGUAAGCAGCGUGGAUCUCGAUAAGUGGGAGAAUGCUGAGAAGGUACUUUCAGCGAAAAUUACCAACGACGCGAACAAGGAGCCGAUGGCGGAGGACGCAACUGUCGAAACAAAGGACGGCAAACGGCGACUUCGGAGCAGUUCGUCGCCGCCACGCGCGCAUAACAAAGGUGCGAAACGUGCACGUCGUAUGCCAGCAUCGCCAAAAUCGCCGCGAGUGCUGCGCAAGCCGCGUGGUCGUUGGUAUCGGGAGAGAUGAGAACUAGUAGCGCUUGUGCUAGCAAGUAACAAAAGUAAUAUAUAAACAAAAGUGAACAUUGAACUCAAAACACAGAGAGAACUGUAUAUCGAUAUAUUUUGUCUUAUUCUAACUUUAUUUUAACCGCGCAAAAGUGCAAAAGCGAGUUGAAGCUCACGACCGCAGCGAAGAUAGGUGUAUAAACAAAAGAUGAGCAAUUGGUACAUUUUGCCCCCCAUUUUUCUUAAAUAUUUAUUAAUUUAAUUAUAACAUUCGUUCAGCUCGUUUGUUAGUUGAAUUUUGCCAAAAAGUAUAACAAGGAAAUCCCGUUGCAAAGAGUACAAUUGAAGCACAACUUGUCCUCUCGACAGUAUUGCGCUGUCGAAUGGUGCAUGGUUGUGUAAAAUCCUAGGGAUUUUCCCACUUUACGACUGAUUUUUUAAAUAUAAUAUAAAUAAGAACGAUUACAAUCGGAAAGAUAAUUUUAUGUUCUCGUUUACUUUUGUCACUGCGAAACUUAUCAUUCAUUCUUUGUAUUAUAGUUAAAUAGUCUUUGUUUUCCUUUUUGUAAUGUCAAAUCACUCCUUGUUUUUCUUUUUCUUUACCAAAUGAAGAUCUAUUGGCAAUUGUUGAACUCGAAUUUACAUUGCAUUGUAAACGUUGAUGUGUUAAAUGGUAUAACUUUGUUUUUCUUUUGAAGUAACAGUGAAAUUUCGGCAUUGUAUGGCCAUGAUAUUAAUUUAUCAAAAAAGCAUGGCAACUGGAAACAAAAGAGAGAUGGAUUACAAAUUCAAGCAAAAUAAUCAACAAUUAUGAAGAAAUCGCGGAAUUGUGCACCACUGAGUAUUAAUGUAUUAAUCGAUUAUUUAUUAUUUACAUAGUUCAACCAAUUUGAAAUCAUUCAGCUGUUGAACAUGCUCAUUACAUUUUCCUACCAUUUUUUCACGUUUCUCACAUUUCUUAUGUUCAUCAGUUCAUGAAAGUAAUCGAUAAUAAGAAUACAUGCAUAAUUUUCUAUAUUAUUCAAACAGCAUUGUUUAUUUAAAUAAAUUAAAGUGUUUUCUAUUA